CAUCUUGUACUACUGCCGUCAUUCCUAUUUAUGGUAACGUUGCGUGUCUCGGCUUCGCUUAUCUGUUGAUUUUUCACGAUUUUAAUUUAAAAAUUCCGUUAUUAAUUAAGUUCAUCGGGUCCCCCGAUUAUCUUUUCAUAUUUUCACUUUGCCAUAACGCAGGGAUUCCUUAAUUUCGGUGCCGAAAACGCCGAUUCGUUCAGAAGGUGUUGAACAGUGCCAGGGGCUUUGCCGCCUGUUUUAAAUGCGGCUUAUAUAGGUUGAAUUUUUGAUUUAAAAGAAGCGAUUGUUUAAUUUAAGGACAAGAUGGUUGACGUGGACAAACUCACCGACGCGGAACUCCGCACCAAACUGCUGGAGUUCGGUUUUCCGGUGAUGCCCAUCACCGGCACCACCAGAAAAGUGAUGACGAAGAAGCUGAAACUGCUGUUAGAAAACAAGAACAAGGUCGGUUCCAGUGAUGGAAGACGCUCCCUGGGCAGGUACUCCAGCGAGGAGGAAAGCGACACAGAAAUAAAGAGCAAACUGCAAAAGAAUAGACGGGUCACCAUGGCCGCGCCCGCAUCGAGUUCCACGGCAAAAACGACCCGUAAAACGGUCGUUAUGGAACCCGACGUGGUCAGUUCGAGCCCUAAAAAGGUGAUCAAAAGCACCACGACCACCCGCUCCUCGAAAAUAGUAAAAUCCGUGCGAGACGAUUUCGAUACCGGGUCAGAUUCCGAGUCGGAUAUCGUCGCAUCCAGCAACAAACCGGAGAAGAGUUUUACUAACGAUUCGUACAAUGACGAGGUGGAGUUUAACAGGAGAAGCUCGCCGGUGAAAAGUGCCUCGUUCUCCCGGUACUCACCGGCUAAAUCCACUGAUGAUCUGAGUUAUAGUACCACCAGAAACGUGUCGUUUGGGGCCGGUUCUUCGCCCGGGAGACACACCUCGACUACUUUCGGGGAGGUCGGAGUCUUAUCUGGCUCGUUGGCGUCCGAUUAUGCGGCGGACAGGCUAAAUCAGAUCCGAUCCCGGUUGAGUUUAGGAGCCACUCCGGCAUAUGAAUCCAGAUCCUCCGGUUAUGCUACAACAUCGCCGGGGGUCAAUGCUGGGACUCGAUUGGAGGAUAAGGACACGCCCUUCCUGAGCAAUUUCACCAGGAAGUUGACGGCUCUGAGCAGCGCUAAAAAAGGAGGAGACUAUGACAGUAAGAAUGAUUUGGUGAAGGAGCACGAUACCAAUGGCGCUUCUUACGGACGGUCUUACCUGACCAACUUCAGGGCGACGAGGGGUCGCGAACCGACCUACGACUACAAAACCCGACGUAACUCGAACGAGGGCAAAAACAAUUUGGUGUCUUAUGCGGUUUUAGUGGUGGCCGCAGCCUUUUUCCUCGUUUUAGCGGUCGUUUAUUUGGGCAUGCGCUCCGACACCUCGGUCAUCACCUCCGGUUACAAGACGCCCCUCUGCUAUCCCCACGAUCCCCUACACAAAAAAGGGGUGAACUGCGUGACCGAGGAGAAAGCCCAAAACGCCGUGUUCCUGCUGAACAGCAUCCGGCCGGAACUGGAAAAACGUGCCGUCGCCCACAAAUGUUUCGAUCCAAAAAUUAAGUCGCACAUGACCGAACCGGAAAUCGUCACUUUUUGCCAGACGAAUUACGCGAUCAAGGACCCGUAUACGAUCCGGGAGGACUUAAGGAAUUUGGAGGUGAUGAUCUUCGCGAACCCCGCGUGGGGUUUGGCCGUGGCCCAGACCGACGAUAACAACGGGGCCGUUGGGGAACAGGAUUUGGCCAAAAAUAUGGAACAAGUCAUCUUCAACCUAGACAAAAAAGUAACCAGCCUUUUAAUCCUUAACCCGGACCUGCCGUACAAGUGCGUCUUUUACAACUACGUGGCGAGCGCGGCCUACUCCCUCGCCCUGUUGGGCAUCAUUUUCCUCACGAUUUUCCUCAUGAGAACCGCUUUUAAACUAUACAGAAACUACGAGGAAAAACUCAAAGAUGAGGUAAAUUCUAUAGUGGAAAAAAUCAUCGACAUACUCCAAACGGCCGCUAGCGAGGAUUCCGAUUCGAAAUACGUCGUCAUUAAUCACGUGAGGGACGCCAUAUUAAGCGUGAAGGACCGAAAAGCGAAAAAGAAAAGCUGGGAAAAAGCGGUGAGAUACAUCAACGAGAAUGAGUCCAGAGUGAGGACGGAGGUGCAAACUGUCCACGGAGAGUCUUUUGACGUAUGGAGAUGGAUCGGGAGCGCCAACGUUAGCAUUGGAGGCAGCAGGGACUUCAAAUAUCGUCCGGGUCGUCGUAUCGUAGACGUGGACUAUCUCAUCUACCACGUGCUACAGUUCAAGCAUGCCACGCUGUUUUUUUGCUCCUCUAGUGACGUUUACAUAAAAAACGAGGUCCGGGAGGGUUUUUUGUCCGUUUACGUGCUAAAAUGCCGCAGGUGCCUUAAGGAAACAUCGGUCUGCAGUGAGGAACCGAAAUCCGAACUGUUAGACAUCAAUUUGGCUUUUGUCGCGGGCGUUUUAAGUUUGGGCGGGGAUUUGUAUCAGCUGAACGAGCUUUGUAGUUCGGUGCAUCUGCCCGCCAUUUCCGCGAACGAUUUUAACCGGUAUCUGAGGGAAAUCAAAGAGAUUUACAAGGAGGAAAGCGCGGAGGGCAGUGUGGAGUUUCGCACCUCGACUCCCAUAAAAAACGAACGUUUUGAGGAGGCUUUAGGGGAGGCGGAAAGUUCUAUGGAGGAGCCGGAUUUCGACGCGAAAAAGGCGGCGUUUUUAAAAGAACUCUCCCGCAAUAUACGGGAAAUAGCUGCCGGAACUGUGGAGCAAAGAGACUCAAGUUUGUGGUGCUCGGAACGCAAAAAGCGACUCACUGCCUCGAACUUUGGCAGGAUUUACAAGCUACGCGACACCACCAACAGAUGGAACGUCGUAAACGACUUGCUAAACUCGAGUUUCCGGGGGAAUAUUUACACUGAAUAUGGUCAAAAGAACGAGGGCAGGGCCAUUAAGGAUUUUGAGCGGUUAACAUCGAAAAAAGUGAUGAAGUGCGGUUUGAUCGUGCACAAAACCCAUCCGUACCUCGCCGCGUCCCCCGACGGCUUAAUCGUCAACGAAGACGCCUUAAUCGAGGUGAAAUGCCCCUUUAAGGCGCAAAACGUCACCGUGCAAGAGGCUUUUGACAAUAAAUUGAUCCGGUGCGCCACCUAUACGGGCGGGGAGUUAACUCUGAAUAGAGAGGAUAAGUACUAUUUUCAGGUGCAAGGACAAUUGCACGUCACGGGGAGGAAAUAUUGUUAUUUCGUCAUAUGGACCCCGCAAGGGUUGGCUUAUGAGAAAAUCGAGAGGGACGAGAGUUGCUGGGAGAAAAUGUUCCCUAAAUUAAAAGAGUUUUAUUUUGGGCAUAUGGUGCCUGUCCUGGUGGGCGAGGACUAACCUUGAACAGUGUUAGGAGAGAUUGUGAUUGAUAGAUGAUCUAUGGAAGGUGUAACAAGGACUUCUUUUUUUUGUUACAAGAUGGCCAUCUUGUUUCUUUUUAUAAUCUUCAGAGGAAAGUUGCCUAUGAUCGGAUACUUCUUUCUUUUAAUUAACAAAAAAUACUACCUACAUACCACAUAAAUUAAUUGCAUGUUAAAAACGGUUAGGAUGAUAUAUGUUCUUUCAUUAUGUGACACGAAAUAGCUCUAACUGGCUCUAACUUUCACAAAAGUUAAAAAAAAACAUAACAGUGCAUAAAUUAUUAUUUUGAAAUUGGGUUCCUUAUAUCGGAUAGUAGGUGUUCCUAAUAUCGCAUAUAUCUGACAUUCGGAACUUAAACGUUUAAAAUAAAAAGCAUAGGUAUUUGUUUAGAUUUUUAUUAAUAUUAAAUUGAAAAUACGUUCAAAAACUUUAGGAAAAACCUUAAAGUUAAUCUAAGCACAUCUCACAAAUAAACCAUAGAUUUUUCUCAGUUCCUGCACAUUCUUCAUGGCACCAACGAAAGCAUUGAUUGCAUCUGAUCCACUUUUCCCCUGCUCUGUCACAGAAUAAACGAUCUCACAGAAGCGAAGGCUUGCGUCGGCUCCUUUGAUAUCCGUGAACCAGUUUUUUAUAAGCCCAACUGACAGAUGCACCCGGCGCAAAUACACUGAGAUAUCUCGUAAAGUUAUAGUAAACGCAUACACCGAACGAAGUGCUUUUAUUUUUAAAAUCAAAAUGGUUAUAUUUAUAUAAUACGGGAGCAAACUACAAAAUUUAGUUACAUUUCAAAUAGGAUUUUUUUUGUUAAGGCUUAUAUUGAUCCUUGCUUUUUAGAAUAAUUAUAAUAAUAAUUAUUAUUUUUAUAAAAAUUGUUAUUUGACAGUUUUGAUACACGAUAGAGUUGUAGGUUAGUAUACCUUUAAUUUGUUUUGCAAUGAAAUUUUUGUGUUAGUUGUUUUAUGAUAAUGGUAAAUAAUAUUUGCAUUUAGUAAGGCACUAGCUGAGAAAAAGUCUGCUAUUUGUGUGUUGUUAAUAUGUUAACAAUAUACAUAUGUAUACAUAUACAUAUGUACAUAGGUAGGUAUUUUUAAAUUAAAUUUUAGCUGCAAGGUUUAUACGCAGGUAUGUUUUCUCGUAUGUUUUAAACACAACACAUUUAAGAGCAGGUAUCAUCGGCUUUUAUAUAUUUAUAUAUAAAAAGAUAUAUGUAUGUAUUAUUAUAUACAUAUGUAGGUACCACACAUACGACCAUAUUUUAUAAAGGUAUUAUACGUUGUAUAGUCGCCGUCCAUUUUAAUAGUCUGGAACAAAAUAUAAGAUUUUUAAGGGUUUUACUACUACUAUAUUAUGCACUUGCAUGGGUAAACCAGUCCAUAAAAAGACAGAUAAUUGAAAAUUAAAGUCAUUAUUCUUUAUCACGUUAAACUCCAAAACAAGGUAAUGUGUGAUACCUACUUAACAAAAAUAAAAUAAAAAACGGAUAAUUACAAAAUAUCGCAAAUAUACACAGUAACGCUCGUACUAAUACACUAAUUAUGACCCGGUACCCCACGUGGGCGACGACAGUUGUACCCGUUAGAAUGGGGGUAAAUGGGAGGAGUCUGAACGAAAAACCGGUUCGGUAAAAAGGGCUAGCCUUCGCUUCUGUGAGAUCGUUUAUUCUGUGGCUCUGUCCUCUGAAUAAAAAUUAUUGCAAUACAGACACUCGGCGUCUUCGGCAUCUCUGUCCAUAUGAUCAUCACUGUCUACUAACUGCAAUUCAGUAUCAGUGUCAUCAUCACUGGAUGAAGUGAGAGGUUUUUUAGCUUUUCCCUUCCCUUUACCAUAUUUUUUUUUGGUUUAGCUUUUGUGCUUCUGUUUUGACCUUUAAGUGCAGUGUUAAUCGGAACUGUUUUUAAUUUUCUUUUGUUUAAAGCUUCUUCCAGUUCUGAUUUGUAAGGCGAUCCAGUUAUUAACGCAGUAGUGCCACGUCUUCCUCGCUUAUUCGUAGAUCCGGACGUGUACGAGCAACUAGGCAUAGGGCUGAUAUCUGUCGGUUUCACCAACUUUCUGUUUGUAGAAGGAGUGGUCAAGCUAUUUAUUAAGGGUUUUGUGGGGAUAGCAUCAGGUGUCUUAAUCCUGUCCUUCAUAGAAGAUAGAGGUAUUUCAUCUUCGCUUUCUAUUUCCUCCGAUUCUGGCUUGUUCUCAUCAAGUUGUUGGGGUGGUGGCGGGGUUCUUUCACGUUUGGAAUGAAUAGCAAAAUCAUCGUCUCGGAAUACAUGCCUGUUGAGCGGAAAAAAUUCCACAUUUACGGCCACUUCAACGCUUGCAGCACGUAGGUAUGCUCUCCCUAGCAGCUCAGUGACCUGAUAGUGAGUUACCACCCUUCCUGGGUUAUUUUUGAGCCAUGACUCAAUCUCCAAUGCAUAAUAUGUUUUAAAUGGAGACGUAAAAGCUACGUCUAGGGGUUGUAUCUUAUGUGUGGAAUGAGAAGGUAGACAUAAAAUAUGCACAUAGUUUUCCCUUGCUAAAUCAAUUAAAGGGAUGUUGCGCGUAUGAGAGUAGUGCCCGUCUAAUAUUAAAACGACUGGAUCGCCCUUUGCUGGUUUGACAUACUUUAUAAAAUGUGUUAACCAAGCUGUAAACAGAUCAUGCUGAAUCCAACCGGAAGGAUGACAUCUGGCGAUCGUUCCUGGCGGUGCUCCAUUUAGAAGUUCAGGCUUCAUAUUUUUUCUAGGAAAUACUAGCAUAGGUGGCACAUAUAUUCCGGUAGCGUUCAUACAAGUCACUACAGUAACAAGAGCUCCCCUUUCGGAUGUCGUCGAUAAACUUGCCUUUUACCUCGUAAGCUGAGAACCCUUGAAUGUUUGUGUUGAACAGUUGUAAUGCCUGUUUUAUCUACAUUUAAUAAUCUGGCUGGAUUCAAUUUGAUUUCUGCUAAGGCUGGCUCUAACAGAUCAAAAAAAGCCGCGCAAUUUUCUCGAGUAAACCCUUUUAUGCGAGCUGCAGAUACACCCUGUGGCUUUCUAAAACCCAGUUCAGGAUGUCUCUUUAAAAACCCUUUUCGCCACUUUUUUCCUGCACUUGAUUUCAUCAUAGAAAAGGGGUGUUGUAGCCCGUUCUGGAUAGCUAGCUGAAACGCUAGCCUUCUAAUAUCGGAAGCUCUUCCAUAAAACCGUUUCUCCAUAUCUGAACAAUAUGUAACUAACAGAUUUUCAAUUUCGUUGCUUAGCGCAGGUCUUCUUCCUAAUUUCGUAGCCGUUAAUACUUCUAUUGGCUUGUCUGAUUUUACGUAAUCAACAAGGGUACUUCUUGGAACUUUAUAUAUUUUUGACGCUUUUAAAUACCCCAUUUUUUUGCUUCUAACAGCAUUUACCGCAAGCUCCAUGGCUCUUGCAUCCCAUGUUUUAAGACCUUUCUCUUGUUUUCCGUUCAUCUAGAAAAAAAAAGCAAAAAACCUCCUUAAUCAAGGUUAAAAGCAUAAUAAUAUGGUAUAUCAAACUUAUUCUCAUUUAUUAUUAAAAAAAAAGAGUAAAACGCAAGUAUCUAUGACAGAAAAUCAGUUGAUUCAUUUAAAAGCAGCUCCAGAAAACUGGUUCCAAAUAUCGGAUACUAUACGAUAUUAGGAAACCAAAAGUAUCCGAUAUUACGGUACAUAACCUCACUAAAUUAACCGUUUUUUUUUACAUUUAAAAAAUAGUUCACAGAAGCAAUUUAUACAUUAAAAGGUAUCAUCUGCAAUCUACUUAAUGAUAUGCUAUGUAACAAACAAAUAAUUUAACCUACCUUUUCCAGAAAUAGCGCCAAAAAUUAUACACUGUUAAAAUCUAUGCAUAUCGAAAACCGUUACAGUAGCAAAAUAACGUUUUAUAAACAAUGAUAGGAUUCUGUAAUUCUUGUAGGAAAUGAUCUGCGUAAUUGUCUUGCGUAAUCUUGAUUACUAUGGAAGUUACGAGAUGGCGCUGUGCUAUUACAGAUUUAGAGUAAUGUCCGAUAUUAGGAACCUAUGCAGUAUUAAGCUACUUUCCUCUAUAGAUAAUGUAUCAUCCUAGAGUGGAUUAAUUAAUAAGACUAAUAUUUCUAUAUAUUUAUUGUUAUAUAACUAUAGUCAAGUUUUGUGAUCUAACCUUUUUAUUUAUUUGUUAUUAAUAAACCCCUCUAUUCAAGUGUCUUACAGGGAUUAUUUAUAUAUUCAAAUCAAAUCGUUUAUAUCCAUCGACAUCAUAACAAUGUAUAGGAAUUUUCUGGAAAUAUAUUUUAAGGAAAUACUUUAGGUUGUUAAAUUUACUGUUUUUUUUAUUUAUUUACCUUCGCGUGUUAAGGCAAAUAUCAAAUAAAAUUGUUAAUAAAGUU